UAUUAUUGACAGUGCCAGGGCACACGGUGGGUAGUGGUAGUAUUGACAGUGCCAGGGCACACGGUGGGUAGUGGUAGUAUUGACAGUGCCAGGGCACACGGUGGGUAGUGGUAGUAUUGACAGUGCCAGGGCACACGGUAGGUAGUGGUAGUAUUGACAGUGCCAGGGCACACGGUGUGUAGUGGUAGUAUUGACAGUGCCAGGGCACACGGUGGGUAGUGGUAGUAUUGACAGUGCCAGGGCACACGGUGGGUAGUGGUAGUAUUGACAGUGCCAGGGCACACGGUGGGUAGUGGUAGUAUUGACUGGCUAAUUGCAGACAGAAGGCAGAGGACUUUGUAGCAGUCUGGGGAUGACACCGCUGUUCUGGUCAAUCAGGGUGUGUGCUGCGAGGUGUGUGCUGCAGUCCGGUCACCCUCAGUAAGUUAUACGCUCUCCGGGCCGGGCCCUCGUCGCUGCUGCAUUAGGAGCCGCCAAUCAGAACCAACAACCAACUCCACACGGACCACAGCAGCUGAACUGAGCUCACUGACGGAGCGGGCAGUGAACACGAGACUCAACACAGGGACUGAACAUCGUGACUGGAAGCAGCCGUGUGCAGCAGAGAGAGACAUUGUGAUCCUGUAUAAACAUACACAUUACAUCUCUACAGUGGGACGGAUAGAGAGAGAGAGAGAUGUAGCCUAUAGAGUAAUGCUAUACGUGUGAUCCUGUAGGGUGUUUAUAUCACACAGGGAGACUGUAGUCAUUUGUAAAGCAGUUACCAUCACAGUUGGAGACGGUGAUGUGUGAUAGUGAACCGUGGGAGACAAUUUGAUGACGUGUUUGUGUUGUGAAAAGUAUCAUGUGUGGGGAUUGAGCCCCGGGUUGAGAGAUGUGGGUACAGAAACAGUAUAAUGGCUUGUUUCAGAUGGUUUACUCCGAUGUGUCUGUCUGGCUGAUGUAGAGUAAAGAUAUUGGUUUGUUUGGUGUUGGGAUUCUGGUCUGUGGUUUGCCAUUUGAGUGGUUCUAGCCUGUUGGUUUGUAUCAUUGCUUUGUUCCAUUGAUUUGAUGUUUAGUUAUGUAGUCCUACACAGCAGAGCAGCUCUAUUUGCAGACAGUCAUUUGGCUAGUUGUAGCAUCGUUGUAAGACAUACUAGAUCGACGCUGUGGUGAUGUUAGAUCGGUGGUGUUUUAUCAAAAGACUGCAGCUCUGAAGAAACGUGCGUGUUGUGUACUGGUAAAACCCCGGCUUUGUUGUGUGUCACUGCAGCCCUAGCUGUGCUCUGCUGUGCUCUGCUCUGUUGUUCGGCGCCUGUGUCCUGUGUCACAGAGGAAGCAUUGAUCAGACAGCUACUGAGGCUCAAUACACAAUGAGGCCUGGCCCGAGAUCUCUACUCCUCCCAACCCCCCUCUCCCUCUCCCUGCGUGCCCUGCUCCUACUCUGCCUUGCGCCGUGUUGCCAGGCGGUGCAGGCUGAGAAUGUGACAGUGUUGGAGGGAGGCACGGCCCAGAUCUCCUGUCGUCUGCAGAACUAUGACGGCUCCAUUGUGGUUAUCCAGAACCCUCGCAGACAGACCCUCUUCUUCAAUGGCACACGAGCGUUGAAGGACGAUCGUUUCCAGAUGGUUCUCUUCACUCCCCGUCUGGUGCGCAUCACCCUCACCAACGUGAGCGUGUCGGACGAGGGCGGCUUCUUCUGCCAGCUCUACACCGACGAUACCCACCACCAAGUGGCCACUCUGUCCGUGUCCGUCCCUCCCGACACCCCCACGGUGGAGGUGAGGCAGGAGGCCGUGGAGGGGGGCGAGGUGGAGCUCACCUGCCUGUCGCCGCGCAGCAAGCCCCCCGCCACGCUGCGCUGGAUCAGGGACCGCCGGGAGAUACCAGGUGUGGUGUCCCAGCAGGAAAAUGGGAAGACAGUGAGUGUGUCCAGCACCAUCCGUCUCCCUGUGGAGAGAAAAGACAACGGGGCAGCGGUCAGCUGUGAGGCAUCCCACCCCGCCCUGGGGGGGCAGAAGAGGGUCCGCCACUACCGCCUCGACGUCUACUUUGCCCCCACAGUGAGGAUCAUCCCUCCCCCUGGCAUCCUCCGAGAGGGAGACUCUCUCAGCCUCACCUGCUCCAUCACUGGCAACCCACUGCCUAGGGAUGUCCAGUGGACUAGGAUUAAUGACACCUUACCUGAGAGGGCGGAGAUCUCUGGCACCACCCUCCAGGUGUCCCGUCUCAGCCAAUCACACAACGGCACCUACCUGUGUCAGGCACAGAACAACUACGGCCGUGCCGCUGACCACUACACACUGCUGGUGUACGAGAAUGUGUCUGUCACUACCAUGGUCCUUCCCACCUCCCAUCACGCCACCACCCACCCAAUCACCCUCCUCAUAACCCCCAGCUACGCACCGGACCCCCGAGACCCCGGUGCAGUGAUUGAGACCCACAGUGCAGUACCGUACGCUGUGAUAGGGGGCGUCCUGGCUCUGCUGGUCUUCACCAUCAUCUGUGUUCUCAUCAUCACCAUCUGGUGCUCUGUCCGACAGAAAGGUUCAUAUCUUACCCAUGAGGCCAGUGGGUUGGACGAGCACGGGGAGGUCCAGGAGGCUUUCCUCAAUGGGAAUGAUGCCAGUCAGGGCAAGAAGGAGUACCUACUGUAGCCUCCACCCCCAAAACCCACAACCCUCCCCCAACCCACCGUGAUGGGUGGCCUUCUGAAUCGACUGUAAUACUACUGCACACAGACCACAUCACAGACCACAACAUAAACCACAACACAGACCACAACAGAGACCGAAAGAGAGAUCCGUCCAGCCCUUACAUUACAACUGUGCCAUACUGUAGGUGUACUGGAGGAAGGAGCGAGGGAGGAUGGCAGAGAAAGGGGAAAGUGAUAAUAGGGUCAUUAUUUUGAUAGAGAGAAGAGAUAACAAGAAAGAAAGCCUCAGCACUUUCCUUCCCUGUGGUAAUUGGAGAAGGAGGGAGAAAGAGAGAGGAAAGAGAGAGAAAAAAUGUGGUGGGGUCGGUAUGGUUUCCAGAAGCUAUUGAGUUUGAAUGCUCAAUUUGAUUACUUGAAAUUGCCAAAGCACAUCAGCCCACAGAGAGCAGCUCAUCUAUAAUUAUUUGACAACAUUGCAGAGUGUUACCCUGAAAGUCUCUUAAAGUAUAUCUGAACUGUUCAGUCAAUUCUGCAGACAACCCAGGUAUUGUAUUUGCCGUCCGUUCUGGGGAGUCUGCCAAUGUUUUCUGGGUAAUUUAGAAACCUUCCUGUUAUGAAUGACUGCUUUCCUCACAGAACAGAACUGUUGUUUCUCUUCUUUGAAUUGUCUCUCUCUUUCUCCCUCCACCUCUCUUUCUAGUCCUCUUCUUCCCCCUCCCUCCCUCCCUCUCUCCCUCUCUCCCUCUCUCUGUCUUUGUCUCUCCUCUAUUGUUGGCCAAUAAAGAAAGGAUUAGUGCCAGUCUCCUUUCGUGAGUUAGAAGAAAGGGAACAUAAGUCGACGAGACACAUUAAGGAAAAUUAUAAUUAUUUUAAAAUGCCCUUAAAGGGAUAAAAAUGUUAAAAUGUCUUAAAGAGAAACAAAUGAGUGAAAGGAAUGUAAUGAAUAAGGAAAAAUACAUGAUGGAUAUUUUUCUGAAUGCCAAGCACACACACACACACACACACACACACACACAUAUCUCUGAAUUCUUUAUUUGUAUAAAAAUGUAAACAGUAAGAUAACUUAAAUGAAUCUUUUAAGAAAUUGAUAAAAAUAACAGUUUACUAUUGAAAGCGUUAUGAAGCUACUAUACUAACACAUUAUUAGCCUCGAGAUACAAAAACAAACUAGUGUCCAGUGAUCAAAACAGAAAAGAAAAGAUGAAAAUAAUGUUUCAUUUGUCUUUAUGAAAUACCUGAGGUAUUAUUGAUUUUUUUUUAUUAAUUCUUGUUAUUAUUUGGACUAUUAUGAUUGUUAUUAUUAUUACUGUUAUGAUUGUUAUUAUUAUUACUGUUAUGAUUAUUGUAAAUGUUAUAACUGUACACCUCCCAUGUUUGUUGUUUUUGGAUAUUCUAUAGAAACUGCUGUCUUUCCACUUCUCUCUGACUCUGUCUCUCUAGUUCUUUCUAUCUUUGUCUCCUGUGUCUAUUUGUCCCUUCUUCUCGUCUUUCACUACUGUUUAUUUUAUAGUCAUGUUGAUAUAGCUAACUAUUUCUUUAUAGGGGAAAAGAUACAAAGCACGACAAAAUAAAACAAGACUUCAGAAAUAA